UAUAUAAAUAGUUGUUAAAGGCACCGGUUUGUUAUUUUGUUAUCUUGAAGUAAUCCACUCACGGGUUUCUUAGAGUUGUGAUCAACUACGUUACUUCUCUCUUGGUUUUCUUGAUCUCCACCUUCACCAGUUGGAAUGGCAAGGAGCUACUUCAAGCAAGAACAUGAUCUUGGUAUAUACGUUUUGCCUUUUACCCCCAUAUCCAAUUACUUGGAACUUUUGUUUUGUGAGCUAAAUAUUAUACAAAUAAUCAUUAUGUCUGCAGAGAAGAGAAGAGCUGAGGCUGCUAGGAUUAGGGAGAAAUACCCUGACAGGAUUCCGGUAAUUGUGGAGAAGGCUGAAAGAAGUGACAUCCCAAGUAUUGACAAGAAGAAGUACCUUGUCCCUGCUGACUUGACUGUAGGACAGUUUGUCUAUGUGAUCCGCAAAAGGAUUAAAUUAAGUGCAGAAAAGGCAAUCUUUAUAUUUGUGGACAACGUCCUUCCUCCUACAGGAGCAAUUAUGUCUGCCAUAUAUGAUGAGAAGAAGGACGAGGAUGGGUUUCUCUAUGUUACAUACAGUGGCGAGAACACCUUUGGGGAUCUGAUUUCCAUUCAGUAGCCAUUAUAAAUUCACACCGUUUGACCUUGUGGUCUCAUUGGUCUGUCUGAUAAAUUUGUUAUAGUACUCAUGUCAAGAACCUUACUCUCGAUGUUUUGUACAGUUGUAUAUAAAUUCCGUGAACUUGAUCAAUAUUAAAAGUUCUCUCAUUCAGUCUUUCUUGGUUUUAAUUGUGCAUACCUUGGAAUGUUCAUUUUGAUUGUUCAUUGAUAUAUAAAUUCUCGAUGUUUUGUACAGUUGUAUAUAAAUUCCGUGAACUUGAUCAAUAUUAAAAGUUCUCUCAUUCAGUCUUCCGUGAACUCUCGAUGUUUUGUACAGUUGUAUAUAAAUUCCGUGAACUUGAUCAAUAUUAAAAGUUCUCUCAUUCAGUCUUUCUUGGUUUUAA